GAGUGGAAGCCUAGCCUAGGAGGGCGGGGCUAUGCCUGUUAUUUGAAUUCCACGCCUCGGCCUUUGGAAGCAGGUGCCACUCAGGCUUUGCUAGCCAAUCAGGGCCUAGGACCGUGCCGUCUAAUCUGGAGCACCGGAGAACGGCAAGAGGCGGGGUCUUCUCGGCCGCCAUACUGUAGGCUCCGCUCCGCGGCACAGGGAGGUGCAGUGUGCUGUGCUGUGAGCCCCGCUGCCGGGACCUGUGAGGAGAGCGCGGGCGAGUCCGGAAGCCGCGCCAUGGAUUUGGUGAGCUUUGAGGACGUGGCUGUGCACUUCACCCAGGAAGAGUGGGCUCUGCUGGAUCCUUCCCAGAAGAAUCUGUACAGGGAUGUGAUGCUGGAGACCUGCAGGAGCCUCGCUGCUAUAGGGUAUAAAUGGGAAGAACAGAAUGUUGAAGAUGACUGCAAAAAUGUUGGAAGAAUUCAAAGGCAUGUCAUAUCUGACUCUGAAUAUUUACCAGAGGAGCAGGAGGGAUACGGAAGCAAACCGUACGAUUCUAGUUCUCUCCCAAGUAUCCAAGGAUACACGGGUGCUCACACUGUGAAUGGACCUUGUGAAUGUGAGGUAUGUUUAAAAUCCUUUGGUUUUCCAAGUACAUUUGGAAUGUAUCACCAACCCCACAGUGGACAAAACUUCUGUGACUAUAAGGAAUGUGGAAAGGCUUCUGUUUAUCACAGUUCACUUUACACACAUGGAGGAACUCACAGUAUAAGAAAAUGUUACUCAUGUAACCAGUGUGGCAAAGUUCUGAGUUCUUCCAGUUCCCUUCAAAGGCAUGAGAGAAUCCACACGGGAGAGAGACCCUAUAAAUGUCAGCAGUGCGGGAAGGCUCUGAGUUCUUCCACUUCCCUUCAGAGGCAUGAGAGAAUCCACACAGGAGAGAGACCCUAUAAAUGUCAGCAGUGCGGGAAAGCCUUUAGAUGUCACAGUGCCCUUCAGUUACACGAAAGAAUUCACACUGGUGAGAAACCCUACGAAUGUCAGCAGUGUGGGAAAGCGUUCACAUGUCACAGUUACCUUCGAUUACACGAGAGGACUCAUACUGGAGAGAAACCCUAUGAAUGUAAGCAGUGCGGGAAGGCCUUCAGGUGUCAGACUUCCUAUCACAGACAUAAAAUCAUUCACGGCGGAGAAACGUUCUAUGAAUGUAAGCAGUGCAGCAGGCUCUUCAUCUAUCCCUCUCUGCUUCAGAUGCAUGAAAGAACUCACACCAGCGAAAGACCAUAUAAAUGUAAGGAGUGCGGGAAGUCAUUCCUUUAUCCCUCUUUACUUCAAAUGCACGAACGGACUCACACCGGGGAGAAACCCUAUGAGUGCAAGCAAUGUGGUACAGCCUUUAGACAUCACUCUUCCCUUCGACUGCAUGAAAGAACUCACACAGGAGAGAAGCCCUACGAGUGUCAGCAGUGUGGGAAAGCCUUCACUCGCCACACUUCCCUUCGGUUGCAUGAGAUAACCCACACUGGAGAGAAACCUUACAAAUGCAAAGAAUGUGGGAAGGCCUUUAGACAUCACUCUUCCCUUCGCCUGCACGGAAGAAAUCAUAGUGGAGAGAAGCCCUACGAGUGUAAACAAUGUGAUAAAGCCUUUAUACGGUACAGUUACCUCCGAUUACACGAGCGAACACACACAGGAGAAAAACCUUACGAAUGCAAACAGUGUGGGAAAGCCUUCAGCCGUCACAGUUCCUUUCAGAGACAUAAAUCUAUCCACACCGUGGAAAACCCCUAUGAGUGUCAGCAGUAUCUAAUCCCUUUGCCCCUAUUUCCUCCAAGUACAUCGGACAACUCGUUCUGGUGAGAAACACUACGGAUGUGAGCAGUGCUGAAGUGUUGUCCUUACCCACGUAAAACACAUGCAAGAACAAAGAUGUCACAGAAUAAGCCUCAUCCACAGAAAUGAUUCCAUUUAGACUUCAAAGGCACGAAGGACUUCAUGCUGGGCACAGUUUCUACAAAUGUAAGCAAUGCGUGGUAAGUCCUUUAUUGGUCACUUUCCUUUCACAGAAACAAGUAAUUCAUGCCUUAUGAAUGGAAACAAUAUGGUUAGUCUUUUAUCCCUGUUUGCUUCAAACAUGAAAAAAACUUAAGGUGCAGAAUGCUGUGAAUGUCAACAGCUGAAGCCUUCCAGAGUUGCAGGUCCCUUCAGUGUCGUGAACGGCGUCUUCCUGGAGGAAAAACCCUGUGAUGUUUAGGUGCCAUUGCCUCCAUAGAUCCCAUGACAGUCUUCUUUUGGAAACAAUGCCUGUGAGUGGAAACAAAGCUGUGACGCCCUCACGCUCAGUUCCUUUCAAAGAUGUACAAAUAUUAGUGGUGGGACAAAGCCAUAUACAUAACAAAUCUGGUAAGUUUCGGUUGUCAGUAGGUGUCAGCUUUGUCAGUAGUGCAGCUGCCUGUAAGUUGCCUGUGCUCAGUAACCCAAUUAAAGUCAGUGGUGCCCCAGGCUGCCCUUGGGUGGAAUCAUUUCUUUGCUUUUAGCAUUGGCGCCCGAUCUAGGGUGAACAGACAUUUGUUCACAUGCGGCCAGAAAAUGUUCACACACACAGCACUUGGCGUCCGAAUGUGAGGCACAACGAAACCAAAGACAAGUUUGAGAGGAGCACUGGCCUUGCCUCUGCUGUGGGUGACAAGACAUGGCCUCUGAAGGGAAGCUUUCUGUGGGCACAGCGUCUACAGGGUUAAUUCUGAAACAUCUGUCCUUACAGUGUGCUGUGGAACACUGUGCCUCCAUGUUCAGUACCCGUUGAAUGGUCUGUACCUUGCAACUCCUUUGUAGUAUGGAGUGGCCCACUUGUGUGACAAGUGAGGUUUGUCACGUGAGUGUAUGGACAUCCCCGUACAGCCGUCGGGCUAAAGAGUAUAAUACAGUUAAUUAGCACAGGCGGGACAGGUCAAGUAGGCCUCAGGUCAUGGCCCUUGCUUUUUGAGUAAUAAGACACGCAAUAGGCUUAGCCAUCUGCUAACAUGAACUUCCCCUCUAAUGGAAGAGUUACUUGGAGGAAAGGAUGCACAGGUGAUGUCCACUGUAUUGGCCUCUGAACUGGCAGGAAAAGUAAGAGGAGGGAAAGUGGGAGGGAGGGAGAAUGAGGAUGAAUGAGAUGCAGCUGCUGGCUUCCUGUUUCUUUCUUUCUUUUUUUUUUUUUUGGUUCUUUUUUUUCGGAGCUGGGGACCGAACCCAGGGCCUUGCGCUUCCUAGGUAAGCGCUCUACCACUGAGCUAAAUCCCCAGCCCCCUUUCUUUUUUUUUAAAAAAAGAUUUAUUUAUUUAUUAUAUUUAAGUACACUGUAGCUGCCUCCAGAAGAGGGCAUCAGAUCCCAUUACAGAUGGUUGUGAGCCACCAUGUAAUUGCUGGGUAUUGAACUCAGGACCUCUGGAAGAGCAGUCGGUGCUCUUAACCACUGAGCCAUGUCUCCAGUUCCCAAGUUUCUUACAGCUGGAGUGGCAUAAGGGAAACAAAAGUUCUAUCUGUUCAGUAGUUCUUCUGGGACCCUAAGACUUGGAGGCCAUGUAAAAUCCUGCACAGUGAGGACCUUUAUUCAAAGGGAGCGAGUAGAAGUGACCCAGCUUACCCGGUAGUCCUGACCUUUAAUGCAGAAGAAUAGGGAGGUGAGGGGUACGCCUGGGAGUGGGGGCCUAAGUGGUGGCCCCGGGGGGGAGGGGAUGAUGCUCAGCAAGUAUUCCGCCUUGGGAAGGCGUAAAGCUCCAGGGAAACAUCAGCGAAGGAAGAUAGGAUAGGGCAGUGCAGCUAAAUCGUCUGCGCUUUCCCAAUGAACCCAGGCGUCCUGCAGGAAAGGACGUCUGUGUGUACAUUGUUUGUUCAGCCCAGAGACCUCUCAGCAGCCAGGGGCAUCCACUGAAGCGGCAGCAGUGUGCUACAGCCUGAGCCCAGAGACUGUCAGACCCUGGCAGUCCAUGGGGAUACGGCAGGUGAGCCUGUCUGGUUUCCCCUUGGCUCUACAGCAAUUGGAGAACGGGAGCCAGCUCCUUCCCCGGCAGACCUGCUGCUGGAGGUGAGGAGAUCCAUAGGCCCUCAGGUUCAAGGCUCAUGAGGAGUGACAGAUGUGCAGGAUAAAGUACAACCUUCUGUCUUCUCCGCUGUGUCCAACGUUGGCUUGAAUUUAUUCUUUGUUUUAUUGAGGUAAAUUCUUAUGUGGCCUAGGCGGCUCUUAAACUCACUGUAUAGAUGACGAUGAUCUUGAAAGUCCGAGCCUCCUGCCUCCUGUUCCCAAAUCCUGGGGUUGCAUGCAUGGGCCACCCUAUCUGGUCCCCUGCGCUUCAGAACUAACCCAGGCCCCAUGCAUGCACUCUUAGCUGUGCUCCGUCCUCAGGUUAACACUGAGAAGACACUCGAUACAAGUGACGGUCUUUCCAUGCCGUUGGAUCUUGUUAAUAUUUUAUUUAUUGCCUGCUUAGCUGCUGACUCCUGAGUCCAGCUGGCACUUGUUUGGGAUGGGGGUCGUGAGCCUUGAGUGAUCCUGAGACCUUUUCUUCCCCCAAUCCCCUGUGUAAAAAGGAAAAAGGGUGUGCAUCGUGCUGAUAUAAUGCUAGCCUGUGAGAGUUCCACAGAUUAAGAAAAGCAUCCAGGUGAGCUGAAAGAGUGAUGAUCAGAAGCGGGUACACAUGUGCACAGGACAGGCACAUGGGAAUUUCUUGGGAUUUUUUCUGGUUGGGUAACACAGGUGAUACCAAAUAAGGUGAAUGAGGAAAUCCUUCACAUCCUGUGGCAGGAUUAAUCAUUAAAAGGUGAGUUGGGGAGCUUGGAUGAAGGCACCCUGUGUGAAUGGGAAAAGGUUCAUUCAGCAGAUUGGCUAUUUAUUGAGUUAAGAUGCAGUGUCAGGAGUAUUAGCCGCGGAUGCUCCUCAAGUCCCCUGAACAGUACAGACCAUUGUCAGUACUAUUCGUUGUCCCCAGAACUACAUGGAAAACGUCCUGAGGAUACCACAUGCUUUGGUUGCUGACUUUAGAGAAAACCAUCUGACUGAGCUGGAAGCCACCUCGCUGGCCAGCAUUCACAGGACCCCUGGGUGCAGGCUGCUGUGCAGCUCCACUCCCUCUGGACCCUGCAUGGUACCACGUCAAGCAAGAUGGGCACACUAGGGCUGGUGAGAUGGCUCAGCUGUGGGGGGUGCUUGCUGCCAAAACCACCAACUUAAGUUAGAUCUCAGAACCUACGUGAUGGAAACUGAUCCCCUCACUCAUGCCAUGCCAUGCACCUUCCCUCCACAAUAAAUAUAGACAAAUGCAGUUAGAUCUAGUACUGUAGCUGCACGACUCAAUGACAGUGGCCAACCGCUGUCUGCUUACGACUAAGGCUUGCUCUCCAGGGGUCAAUUCACAUGUGUAAGACCCAAUCACAGUUCAUAGCUAGACAGUCAUAAGGCCCUAGCGUUUUGCCAGACGGAUAUAUUUCUGUGAAAUGACUGUCUUGAGUUCUGUUUAUGCCGGUAGAUUAUUGUUUCAGUCAUUUUUGAACAGAGAAGCUUCUUGCAAUGAGACUUGUCACCCCCUCCUAGGAUUGGCACAUUCUAGAAAAGGGGGUGGGGCGCGCCGGAGGAAGGGAUGGCAUGUUUUGGAACACUGUCCUCUGAGUAUGCCAUUGCCUGUCUUUGAAGUCUCAGUACCUGUGAUGACCUGCAGGAGGCCUACACAGAAUCUAGACCUUUAGUGUCCAUGUGGAGGCGUGGGCCUGGAGCCCCAAUGUCUUCCCUGAUGAUUUACUGGCAAUAAUUCUCACUAUAAGGAGGGAUCAUGAGGCCUUUUUUUCUCCUUGAAUAUCUUUUGCAUUCUGAAAGUGUCUCACUAUGUAGCUCUUGCUGUCCUGAAACUAGCUACGUAGCCAGGCUGGCCUCGAACUCACAGAGAUCCAUUUACCUCUGCUGAGUACCGAGAUUAAAUGUGUGCACCACCAGGUCCAGCCUAUUCCCUGAAUACCUUUAGGUAGUUAAUGGUACUUAGACAGGAGGGCGUCAGGAGACCUCUUCCUUCCUCUGGAUAGAAAACCAAAUAGUUGUUGCUGGUAGAGGGAGGAACAUUUGCUUCAGCGGAUUACCCACCUAUAAGUUUCCCAUGUUUUUGUCAGUACCCCCUCACCCAUGCUCCUGUAAGUAACCCUAAUUAAAAUAAUUGGUUCAUCAAGCUA